AUAAUAAAUGAUGCAUCAUCCCAACCAUUACCUAUUUAAAAUCAUGAUUGCUUUUUUUCACAACCUUACUAUGCAAUACAUAAAUCAUUUUUGUGACUUGGUUAAAUCAUAUCAGUCUAAAGAAUACUUUUAUUUAGUUUAUGUGGAUGUGCCACAAGUACUGGCCUGUGUUUUGAGGCUUAUAAAGUGCUGCCAAAGCUUAGCGAUUAAAAUUUUUGCACUUUGUGCAUAUGACCGGUGUUUGAUUUCCUAUUGUGGCAAUUCAAUUUAGGCAAGUGAAUAUUACCAUAGCGCCUAUUUAACCCCAGCCAUGUGAGCGAAAUAGCGGAAAUGGAACACUGUGUAGACUAUUGGAUGUUUCAGGACGUUGUCUUGUAGAGCGGGACCUUAAUUGGGUCUGCAUCGCUCAAUAAUGAGUUUUAAAUGCUUCAUGACUCCCUAUCUACGCCUUGACCCCUUCUGGAAAUAAUAAAAAGGGUAAAUCUCUCAGUAUUUGUGAGAAUAGGCAUGUAACAAUUGCACAUCAUCUAGGUAAAAACUGGGCAGCACUUCUGACGGUGCUUCCCAUUUUGUAAGUAUAUACUAUCGUUAACUUUUAAAAUAUACAGCAAAAUAAUACCAGAAAUAGAAUCUACAACCUCUAAAAGUUAUGAAAAUGUAUAUAUUUAUUUCUCAUGAUAGGCCAUAUAUUACAUAUAAUGAAAGCUAAAGGGAAAAGAAGAGACCUCUCAAAUAAACCAUCUGUGCCAUCUGGUAAAUCACCAUCAACCAAGGAUGCUAAUUAUGGUGUGGUGCAAGAAUAUGCAACUAUUGUUGUUGGUUUAUGUGUAGCAUUAUACUUAGGCUAUGAAUAUGCAAAGUAUGCAAAAAUGUUGCACGAAAAUGACAUGUGGUUUUCAAAUAUCAAGCAAGUUGAAAGGGAGAUAUCAUUUCGAACAGAAACUGGUCUGUAUUUCUCAUAUUACAAGCAAUUCGUUCUGGCUCCGUCUAUAUCUGAAGGUUUCCAUCAACUAACGCAUGACAAUGUUACUGAGCAUUUACGAACAAUUAACAUCUUGGAACGAUUUAACAUUUAUCAGGAAGUUUUUCUUGGGAUUUUAUACAGACUUAUGCCAAAAGCAUGGCAGCUUUCUAUUGAACAUGUUUAUUUCUACAUCGAUGCAAUUUUUGGCCUACAUGGUGUAUACUUAAUUGCCAUGUUCAUAUCAUCUUGGCUAAUCAGUGGUUCGUUUUUGGCUGGAGUUCUUGCUAAUUCAUUUUUUGUAUUUAACAGAAUGGACAUGACACGUUUAUCUUACACCAUGCCUUUACGAGAAAGUUUCUCCUUGCCUUUUAUCUACAUUCAAGUUGCUGUGUUGACAUACUACUUUAAAAAGGAUGUAAAAGCUUCACACAAAAACAUAUGCUUACUUCUAAUAGCCUUAUCUACAUUUUGUUUCACCAUAACAUGGCAAUUUGCUCAGUUUGUUUUGCUGUUGGAAUCUUUUGCAUUGUAUGGGAUCUACGCAUUGGAGUUUACUCGUCCCCACAUGGUCAGAUCGAUAUACAUGAUAAUUGUUGGUAACCUAGCAACUGUAUGUUUUCUGCAGUUUGGUAAUGAUAUGUUAUACACUUCGUUAGCUUCCAGCUUUUGUGUGGCAGCUAUAAUUUUGCUGACUUUACAGAGUAAUGAAUAUGUUUCUGGAGGAUUGGUGAAGAAGUUGUUAGUUCUGCUCAUGCGAAUUGCGUUUGUUCUUGUAUUGACAUUUGCCAUAAAUAUUUCUAUUAAAAAACUAACAAAGGUGGAUUCUGAUGAGCAUGUUUUCAAAUUUGUUUCUGCUAAACUUGGCUACGCUAAAAACGAUUUUGAUUCUCGUCUCUAUCUUUGCGAAGGCUCCUUCCAAUAUUUGCCAUUUAAUACAUUCGAGCGGUUAACCCAGGGCAUUGUGUUUCCAGUGUAUGCUGUUUCAACCGUCAUGGUGUUACUGGCGCUUGCAUAUUCCUACCUGUACAAGUUGAGGGGUAUGACAUCAUUGUUAGACGAUUAUCCUGAAGUGGUAUUUAACAUAAUUUUGAGCGUGUUCUUCGGUGGUAUGGCGUUGACAACAUUACGAAUGAAGUUCCUAUGGAUGCCUCACAUGUGCAUACUGGCAGCAGGAGUAUUUUGUCAUCAAGAUGCUUGGAAAUCUGUUGCUAACGCUUUACACCUUGAAAAAAAUUUGAGUUUUCUUUUGCGUCAUUCUGUUCCAAUAGUGCUGUGUUCGAUGGUAUUAUUUCAGAAACUUUCUGGUGUGCAAGAAGAAUUGAAACAGUUGAGAGAAUUUCACGAUCCCGACACGGUUGAGUUGAUGGAAUGGAUUAAAUCCUCUACUCCAGAAGAUGCAGCCUUUACUGGUAGUAUGCAGUUGCUGGCAGGUGUUAAGCUAUGUACGGACCGACCAAUCACAAAUCAUCCUCAUUAUGAAAACAAAUUUUUAAGACAAAGAACAAAGGAGGUGUAUCAAAUUUACGCUCGACGUUCACCUGAAGAGGUUUACAAGAUCUUGCGUAAACACGGCACAAGCUACAUCAUACUCGAAAACAGUAUUUGCUACUCAAGAAUAGACCAGGGCUGUCGGCUCACGGAUAUUUUGGAUAUGGAUAAUGGUCAUCGAUUAAACGAACGAGGUGGUACACCGAGAUUCUGUGAUGCAAUAAAAUUAAACGGAGAAAAUUUUAGAAAAUAUUUUUACAAAGUCUUUGAGAAUCGGACAUUUUAUCUUUACAAACUUUUGUGAUGGGUUACGUGAUGAAGUCUUGGUCAAGUAUUUUGAACGAUAGCAGAAGGCGUAUGUAUUGGUAGUUGUAUUGUUAGCAGUUCAAUUUUCAAUAUUUUUUGUUGUGUUUUGUUGUUGUUUUUAUUAUUAUUAUUAUAGUUAUUAUAAUUACAAUUAUUUAUUUUUAACCCCGGUUUCGAUGUAUUAUUUUAGUUUAGUUUUUAAAUUUAGGCACUACCAAGGUAUGUAUUGUCAAACAUGUAUUAUGGUAAUAAAAUUUCCAUCAUCAUGA